AUGACGGAAACUCGCUUUGCCCAGUUCAAAUUGGUUCUCCUCGGCGAAUCCGCUGUUGGAAAAUCGUCCAUUGUCCACAGAUUUGUCAAAAACACUUUUGACGACAUGAGAGAAUCCACCAUAGGCGCCGCCUUCUUGACCCAAACCAUAACGUUGCCUGAAGUCAACACCACCGUUAAAUUCGAGAUCUGGGACACUGCAGGCCAAGAACGAUACAAGAGUCUUGCGCCCAUGUACUACCGAAAUGCUAACGCUGCGUUAUGUGUCUACGACAUAACCAGUCAAUCUUCCUUCCAGAAGGCGCAGGACUGGAUCAAGGAAUUGAAGAAACAAGCGCCCGAGGGCAUUGUGGUUGCAUUAGUCGGUAACAAAGCCGAUCUCUCUGAGCAGAGAGAAGUGGACGAGGCCGAAGUGGAGCAGUAUCUUGAGCUGUUAGCGCAGGAAGCAGAACAGGACGGCUCGAAGGCUGUGAUCCAUAAAGAGUGUUCGGCCAAAUCAGGAGAGGGUGUGUUGGACAUUUUCAAUUCUAUUGCACGUGCUUUGCCUGUGGAGCAGGCGGGAAAUAGAAGAGGUGGACACGGAGCGAAGAAGGUGGAAUUGGACAGAAAGCUGCAGCCACACCAGCAACAGAGUUGUUGUUGA